AUGAUGCAAUUCGAUGCUGCCACCAUCGAGAAAAGGGCUACUGCAGCCGCUUUUUACCACCGCCAACUCUUUGCUGAACCACCUAUAGCAUCACGCAAUGAGGUAGAUCUUGAAGGGAAAACCGCCAUCAUCACCGGAUCAAACACUGGCCUGGGAUUUGAGUGUGCCCGACAACUUCUAGAUCUGGGUUUAAGCAAGCUCAUAGUCGCCGUUCGUGACGAGGUCAAGGGUCAGGAUGCCAGAAUAAAGCUGCUUUCUGGGAGAAAUGCCGAGAACCAUACCAUCGAGGUUUGGAAGCUGGAUCUCUUAUGCUACAAUUCGAUAAUGUCCUUCGUGGGACGAGCCAAAGGGCUUGGGCGACUGGACUACGUUGUCAACAAUGCUGGCCUUGCCAAGUUAUCGUUUGAGAUAAACAAGAGUACCGGACAUGAAGAGAUUGUGCAAGUCAACUACCUGUCCCUUGCAUUGCUUACAAUCCUUCUACUACCAGUGCUCAAAGACAAGAACUCGGUUCAGCAACCCGGACGUUUGGUCAACGUAUCGUCUGAUACUCCUUCUUGGGCUAAAUUUAAGGAAAAGCAUUCAAUCCCUCUACUACCUGCCUUUGACAAGGAAGACAACUUUGAUCCGCACGAUCGUUACUCAACUUCUAAGCUACUUGGUCAGCUGUUCCUGGUAGAGCUAACCAGACGAAUACCUCCAUCUGUUGCUAUCAUCAAUGCUCCUAAUCCAGGCCUGUGUAAAACUAGCCUAACCAGGGACUAUAACGGCAGCUUCCGUGGGUUUAUAUUUGGUGUAUUCAGGCUCAUGUUUGCUCGCACUGCUGCAGUUGGCGCCCGCUCGCUCACUGACGCACUCGUUAAACAUGGCCUGGAGUCUCACGGGCAGUAUCUGGAAGAUGGGAAGAUACAGCCAAUGGCACCUAUGGUCUACACGCGCCAGGGCAAGGAGGUUGCCGAACUGUUAUGGCAGGAGACUAUUGAUGAGUUGUCAUUUGUAAAUGCAUCUAGUAUUAUUAAAGACCUAAGGAGCGUUUAG